AUGACCGUUCUGGACGUGUGGGCGUCGGGGCUGCGCAAUGGUGGGUCAUGGCACCAGAAUCCACCUGGAUACGUGUCCAGUCCGCCAAUCGAAGCGGUGAUCUUCGGGUGGGGCACCAACGAAGACGCACAGCUGGGCCUGCACAGCCGCGACGACCACGUCAGUCCCCAGGUGGUCGACGCGCUCCUCGGACGUCGCCUCCAGGGUCGCGGAUUCAUCCGCAUUCCCAUCGUGGCUGGCAGUCGCAACUCCCUCGCCAUCGACCAGGCGGGCAACGUGCUCAUGUGGGGCUGGAACGCCCGUGGCACGUGCGGACAGGGCCACCAGCAGCAGACGGUGGAGAAGCCGCGGCGCGUGCACCUGCCGGAGGGGGUGCAGAUCACGCAAGCGGCGCUGGGAGGGUGGCACUGCAUCGCCCUGGACAGCCAGGGCGGACUGUGGACGUGGGGGGGCAACGAGUACGCGCAGUGCGGCUACCGCACGCACAAGCGCGACGUGCCCGUCCCAACGAGGUGCCUGCCGGACUUACCGAAGGUCCGCAUGGUCGCUGCAGGCGGCAUGCACUCGCUCGCCCUGCUCGAGUCGGGCGAGAUUUUGCAGUGGGGGGAGCCAUGGGGGGACUUUAGCCUCAACGUCGACCAGGCUCCCCGGAAGCUCUCCGGCCUCCCAGAUCCCGGCCCCGAGGCCGUCACGAAAAUCGCGUGCGGCGCCUUCCACAACUUGGCGCUCACGGGCGACGGACGAGUGCUGUCGUGGGGCACCAACGACUACGGGCAGCUCGGCGUGGGCGCAGCGCCGUCGGUGCCGGUGCCGGAGAUCGUGUCGACGCUCGAGGGCCACCGCGUCGUCGACGUCGCGGCGGGGGGCUGGCACUCGGCCGCGAUCCUGGAGGGGGGGGAGUUGAUGGUUUGGGGCCGGGGGGAGUACGGGCGCCUGGGCAUCGGUGACAGGGCCGGCAGCACGAAGCUGAGGCCCGUCGCGGUCGAGGCGCUCCAGGGCCACGUCGUCGUUCAGGCUGCUCUGGGGGGCUCUCACUCGGCGGUCCUCACUGAGUCAGGGAGGGUGUUCAUCUGGGGGCGGGGGCAGUACGGCCGGCUGGGCGUGGGCGCUGACGGCGGGCGCGGCAGCGGGCCGCGGGACCGCAUCUCCCCCACGGAGGUCGAGCUGCCCGGGGGCAACCUCAGCUGGCGCGUCAUCUCCAUCGCGGCGGGCGGGCGCCACACCAUGGUGUAUGCGGUGCCUGUGCAGGGCGGGGACGGGCCCGGGGCGCCGGAGAGCCCCGAGAGCUCGGAGCACGUGCAGAACGCGGCAGUGAUGCUCUUCGGGGGACCGGGACCGAGCAAGCACACUGCCCCCGGCGGGGGUGGGGGUCUGGAUGGGGACGUGUCGAGCGAGGUUGGCACCGGGAGCGGGUCGGAGCACGUCGCGUUCGGCGGCGCGCCGCUGCCUGCCUCGCAUGCGUCGAGGGGCAGCCACGACGCGGCGUCACCGACGUUCGCAGCAGCAGCGCCGAGGCUAGGCGGCGGGAACACGCCGGCACGCAGCGGCUCCCCCGCACCGAAAUCGGGCGGAAAAGCGAGCGACCUGCUCCCUCCGCUGGGGCCUGCGAAGACCGGCCCGCACACGCGGUCCGCCGUUGAGAGGGGCAGUUCCCCGCCUGUCCCCCCCGUGGGUGCGUUCCGUCCCCCGCUGGGUGCGAGUGGGUUCGAAGGCGGCGCAACGGAGGCGGCCAGGGAGGACAUCGCCGCGCGGUUCUCUGCGGUAGCGUUGCGCACUGCGUCGCCGGAGGCCAGCGGAGCGGAGAGCGGCGCGGGCCGCGGGGCGCGUCGAGCGGCCAUUCGCAAGCAGGGGAGCUUCAGUGGGCCGAUGCGCGUGCACGGGCGGUCGAUCGGCGGCGACCACAGCGACAAUCCGUCCGUGUCCAAUCCAGGAGGCAUGCCGCAUGAAGACCACUCUGCGUCGGGGCGGCCGUGGCGGGCGGAGAGUGUGCGGUUCCAGGGGUCCCAGACAGGGGCGUUCAAAGCGGACUUGCACGACGGGCAGAUGGACGACGACGAGGAACAGUACCACCAGUAG